AUGGAGACCUCGGCCCUGCAGCCUGAGGGGACAGCUCUGAGCUUUCGAGGCCCUGCUUUUGGCCUCCCAGAGAAUCCAGAGGAUGAGGCCGGUUGGGGUCUCUUGGAAGCCAGGUCUGAGGAGUCAGUGACCUUCAAGGACGUGGCCGUGGACUUCACCCAGGAGGAGUGGGGUCAGCUGGAUUCCCCUCAGCGGGCCCUGUACCGGGACGUGAUGCUGGAGAACUAUCAGAACCUUCUUGCCCUCGGGCCCCGGGUCUGCAAGCCGGAUGUGAUCUCUCACCUGGAACGAGGUGAGGAGCCAUGGCCUGUGCAGAGGGAAGUUCCCAGAAGGGCUCAUCCAGAAUGGGCACCUCGGCCUGUGAUGGAAGAGGGACCCUGUCAGCCACGGCAGCAGGCAGCUUGCAGAGGGGAGCCAUACCAGGACCUGAUCAUGGAGCAGCCAGGGAGGUCUGGGCCUCAUGGGGCCAGCCUGGGCAGGACGCAGGCCUGGGCAGACGUGGCAAAUGUUCCGUGGGAACGUGAGGCUGCCACCUGGGAGGACAUCCCCACAGAGGAGAACCUUCGGGGCCACAACCAACCAAAGGAGGGGGUCCCCCGGGGGUGCCCCAUCCUCCCCCAGCAGAGCAGCCCAUCGGGAGGACACUGUCCUGGCAGAUCCCUCAAGAAGCACGGGGGAAACACUUUGACCUCCAGUGAGCCCCCAGGGAAAUACCCACCAGCCUCCAGGCAGUGGGACAGUGCCGCCGCGGGGGCGGGCCUGUAUGUGUGCAAUGAGUGCGGGGAGACAUUUGCACAGAGCGCGUCACUCACGCUGCACCGGCGCUGGCACGACUGGCGGAAGGCCUACAAAUGCGGGCAGUGCGGCAAGGCCUUCAACCAGCGCACGCACCUGACCCGGCACCACCGCAUCCACACAGGCGAGAAGCCCUACAAGCGUCCCGAGUGCGGCAAGGCCUUCACCUGCCACUCGUCCCUCACCGUGCACACCAAGAUCCACAACGGAGACAAACCGUUCCAGUGCAGCGACUGCCGGAAGGCUUUCCGCAACCGGUCCCGCCUCACCCUGCACCAGCGGAGCCACACGGGCGAGAAACCCUUCAAGUGCACCCACUGCGGCAAGGGCUUCAGCUGCCACUCAUACCUCGUGGUGCACCAGCGCACCCACAGCGGCGAGAAGCCCUUUGACUGCAGCAGGUGCUGGAAGGCCUUCAGCUGCCACUCCUCCCUCAUCGUCCAUCAGCGCGUCCACACCGGCGAGAAGCCCUACAAGUGCGGCCAGUGCGGCAAGGCCUUCAGCCAGAACCACUGCCUCCUCAAGCAUCGGAAGACCCACGCCGGAGCGACGCCGUGGAAGUGCGCCGACUGCGGGGAGGCGUUCGGCUGCAGCUCACACCUCCUGGAGCACCUGCGGCGGCGGCACCCCCACCGCGAGGAGAAGCCGUCCGCCAUCCAGCUGGACAGGCACCUGCUGGGCACGUACUGUGUACCCGGUGGUCUGCUAGGCACUGAGGACGCGGAGGUGGAGGGCAGAGACCCCAUCUGUGCCCUGGAUGUGACAGAACUGCUGGGCGUAGUCCAGCCCCUGCCCAGCAGGCACCUCUCCACCGGAAAGCAAACCUGGACGCUUACCGGGGAGAGCUCAGCAGCCACUCCCUGA